AUGAAGAUCUGCGUAACGAACAUUUGUCAUGCACAAGCUAGCUCUCCUGUCAAGGAGCUCCCAGAGGAUAAGGACAAGCAAGGUGUUGAGUGGGGCUUGGUGUUUCCCGAUGCCAACGGGGAGUACCAGUCUCCUAUCAACCUAAAUUCCAGAGAAGCUAGGUACGAUCCGUCGCUGCUGGAUGUCCGUCUGUCUCCGAAUUACGUGGUCUGCAGGGACUGUGAAGUCACCAACGAUGGACACACCAUUCAAGUUAUCCUAAAGUCAAAAUCAGUUCUGUCAGGAGGACCAUUGCCUCAGGGACAUGAGUUUGAACUGUAUGAAGUUAGAUUUCACUGGGGGAGAGAAAACCAGCGUGGUUCUGAACACACGGUGAAUUUCAAAGCUUUUCCCAUGGAGCUCCAUCUGAUCCACUGGAAUUCCACACUGUUUGGCAGCAUUGAUGAGGCAGUUGGGAAGCCCCAUGGCAUUGCCAUCAUUGCAUUGUUUGUCCAG